AUGGCGACUCAAGCCCACUGUGCCUACUGCUUCGAGACACUCUCCGCUAGCUUAGAGAAGCGCAAACCGCUCUCCUUACCACAAGUCGUCGCGCUUUGGCAGCAGUUUAAUGCCGACCCCACCGAAGCAGAAACAAACACCAACAAUGUAGAACCAUCGGACUCUGAGCAAGACGAAAACGACGCGACAGCAACUGCCGCUCCUUCGAGCACCGAGAACAACCGCCCAGCCGCGAUAUCCCGACUUCUCGUGCCCUCACCUUCAACGACAGCGAGUUCGUCGUCCGUCGCGAGCAGAUCGCGAGCGCAGAGGGAAUCCGACGAGAUCGCGGACCACCCGUUGUUCGUCACAUGGAACACGCUGCACAAAAGCGACAAGAGGCUGAGGGGAUGCAUUGGGACGUUUGAAGCGCAGCCGUUGGACGACGGGCUGCGGAGCUACGCUUUAACCUCCGCCUUCGACGACACCCGCUUCAAUCCGAUCUCGAUCCGCGAGCUGCCCCGCCUCGAAUGCGGCGUCACGCUCCUGACGGACUUCGAGCCGGUGCCCUCGCCCAUGGACUGGGAGCUCGGCAAGCACGGCCUCCGCAUCUCCUUCACGUACCACGGCCGCCGCCACGGCUCAACGUACCUCCCCGACGUCGCCAAGGAGCAAGGCUGGACGAAGGAAGAAACGCUUAUCAGCCUCAUGCGCAAGGCCGGCUGGAGCGGCCGCAAGGAAGAGUGGACCAAGGUCGAGCUCAAUGUCGUGAGGUACCAGGGCAAACAGGUCAGGCUCGGCUACACUGAGUGGAAGGAGUGGAGGGAUUGGGCGGAGAGUCAGGUGGAGGCUUAGAAGGCUUCUAUCGCUGAUGAGGGGAAGGCGGAUGUUGAGUGUGAUCCUUAGCCCCAGCGGUAUGACGACGGUAUUGAGCGCGGCAGGCGCUUGCCAUGAGGUUUUUUAUAUUCAAGGUUUCCCUCCUCAUAGAUGAGUCCAAGGCUGUGCGAGACAGCGAAGACGCCCAACAUGAUGGAGUUUCUCCCCAUGCUCUUCUCUUUUUCGGUCUUGUAUCUCGGCUCUGGGGAUGGGGACGUCAUCUCGAGGAUGAUGUGAUGUCCCAUGAGGAGGGAGAUGAUUCAUCUUUAGCUUUUCCCCCUCUUAAUAUAGACGUAGGCCCCUCUAUAGCAAGGGAUCACAAGAAUAAGAAGAAACCAUACUCCUGA